CAUGUGUUAGAGGAUGUGCACGAUGGUAAGAACUGUAGAGAAAACACCCUGUUACAGCAAGCACCAUCCUCUGUGUCAAUCAUACUAUAUCAGGAUGCUUUUGAGGUUGCAAACCCACUUGGAUCAGGCAAGAAGAAGCACAAGCUCCUUGCUGUUUACAUGACACUGGGUGAAAUACUGCCACAUAAUAGAUCCGCUAUAGACCCUGUGCAGUUGGUGCUUCUUUGCAGGGAAGUUGAUAUUCGCCAUUUUGGCCAAGAAAAAGUAUUUUCUACCCUAGUAGAUGAGCUUAAGGAGAUUGAGGAGUCUGGCAUUACUUUAAACAGUGGUGUGACCUUGCAGGGGGCAGUGAUAGCAAUCGUAGGUGAUAACCUGGGAUCACAUUCUAUUGGGGGAUUCACAGAAAAUUUCAGCAGAAGCAAAAACUUUUGUCGAUACUGCAGUAUAGAUAGAGAAAGUUUUGAAAGAGAGCCCACAAAGCUUGGCCCAGUAAGGACAAAAGAAACCUAUGAAAACUGUGUUGAGGAGUUGUCCAGGGGUCAGGAAUUCAUGAUUGAGGGUGUGAAGUUUGACUCAGUUUUCAACAAACUUAAACAUUUUCAUGUGUGCCAACCAGGCCUUCCACCAUGCCUAGGGCACGAUCUUUUUGAGGGGAUUGUUUCCAAUGAUCUCGCGUUGUACAUUGAGAACCUGGUGUCUGUGGGAAAACACUUUUCGUAUACUCAGUUGAACAGAAGUAUAUCUAAUCUGAAAUUACAAGGAAGUGAUGCCAGUAACCGGCCAUGUGAUGUAAGGCCAAAAGGGCAAAAGUUGGGUGGGAGUGCUGCUCAUAACUGGUGCCUAUUGCGGCUUCUCCCAAUUCUUAUUGGUGAUCGAAUAAAGAAUCCCCUGGAAGACCAAGUCUGGUUGUUGUGCCUUAAACUUAGGGAGAUAGUGGGGCUUAUUUGUGCACCCAAAAUCCAUGCCAACCAGGUGGCCUAUCUUAACAUUCUAAUCAGGGAAUAUCUGGACUCUAGAGUGUCUCUUUUUCCAGACAAAUCUGCAAAACCAAAACACCACUACCUUCUCCACUAUCCAGACCUUAUCUUAAAAUUUGGUCCUCUCAUUCGCCUCUGGACAUUGCGCUUUGAAAGUAAGCACACAUAUUUUAAGCAGUGUGCACGAAAGCUCCGCAACUUUAAGAGUCUCGGUAGCACUCUGGCAGAAAGGCACCAGUUACUACAGGCCUACCUGCACAGUGGGAACAUUUUUGCUCCCGUUCUCCAAAUUGAUCAGGCAAAUGCAUUUGAUAGUCAAAUCUACAAUGCAGCGAUUCAGCAAGCAGUGACCUGCAGGGGGUUAACAAAAGACACCACAAUGGAAACAGCAAGUGCCACAUACAAAGGCACCACAUACAAAAAGGGCAUGACUGUUGUUCUUAAUCUCAAUGACAGUGGCUAUGUGCUGGGUAAGAUUGCUCUAAUAAUAGUCAAACAGGAAAAGGUGUAUUUUGUUUCGGAAAAAUAUCAGUCAGUUCCAGUUUUGGACCUUGGGGUGCACUGUCUACAACAUAGCUGUGAGACUCAGUAUGUUUGUGUAGGUGCUGACAGUCUUGCUGACUAUUACCCGGUGCCUGUAUAUAGGAGGUUUGAUCUCGAUCUUGCUGUUCUCCACCAUUCUGUCUGUUUAGGUCACGAGUGAUGGAGGACAUCAUACGUGGCACCCUCCCCCAUAUUGAUGACGAGACUCACGGGAGACUUGUAGAAAGUCUCUCUGCAAUGGGUCUGAGGGAGGCAGACGACAUGAUGUAUAUCAGAGAAGAUGACAUAAAAGACCUGCUGUCAAUUGUUGAUUGCAGGAAACUUCUUCACAAAUUCAGCAACAGAGGUAAGGCAUCAUUUAUAGCAAAAGGGUCACUCUUGAGAAAUACAGUGGGUCUGCUGUCUGGCCACGUCGCUGGCAGACCCCUUGUCCCCACUAAGGAGGACAAGGGAAUGAAUCAAAUGUAUUCAUUAUUAAAAAAAUAAAUAUGAGAAAAACAACACAAUAAUACUGACAGGAUCUGUAUGCAGAGAUAUCUUGUUCGCCUCGAAUUGUGACCCGUUUGCUAUACAUUAUCCCACUUACUAGAUGGCUACCAACUAAAUUAAUCAAUUAAUUGAAACAAAAUUAGAUUUUAAAUGUAAAUAUUUUAUAUAGAAAUUGUAUAUCUUAAAAGUUGGUAUUCAGAGAAACAUUAAACUUUAUCUGUACAUAAAGGCAGCCAACAAAUGACGACUAUGAGCCAUCAAGACCUCUCACAUAUACUGACCCUGACACCAGUCUCAGAACUGGAAACAACAGUGCAGUCCCCCAUGAUUCCAGCUGGAAACAGCAACUGGACCACAUUAUUUAGAGUACCCCUAGAGAAGUGUAGAGCCAGCCUCCGGAGAAAGCUGAAUGAGAAGGAGAAGCCCGAUAUCUCGGACAGGAGACAUGGUUAGAAUGAUGGUGGAUGAAAUGAGACAGCAUUGCCUAAACCCCACCCUCAGCCAGUGUGCAUUUAUUGCAAAAGGCAUCAUAGAAAAAUAUCCUAAUAGCCUUCAAGACAGGACAGAAGAGGGAGAAAAGAUGGGGAGUGGCCACUACACGCUCUGUCAGCAGCUGAAGUCCAGAGUCGACAAUCUCAACAGAAACAACACUCUAGCUCGAUUGAGAAAAGAGAGAAGGCCUGCUGUGACUCCUGCUGCCACUGCUGGCAACACUGAGCCAGCCAGAAAAUGUGCCAAAACAGACUCAUAUGGCUGCAUUAACUGGCAGCCAAUCGUUCUCCCAGAGGGAGAAACGAAGGAGUCUCUUCUUCAUAAAAAAGAGGAGCUCAAGCUCAUUUUCAGCCACGAGGGCCAAAGAGGAGCGGACAGGGCAAGAGUAGCAGAACUGAUGGAGACUACUUUCGAGACCCAACGGCGCAAUAUAAACAUGCUGCCAGCUAUGCAGGAACUGAUUAAAGA